ACUGGCACUCAUUACCAGUAUAUAAUGGCACACAAGGAUACAGCUUUCCUUAAGCCCUCUGCCCAUUUCAGCGUUAUUAUUGCUUCGUUUUCUUUCUCCUGCUCGUCCAGCUACGCAAGUCUUAGCUUCUUCUGCAUAUCAACACUCUGCUCAAGAGGCAAACUUGAAGAAAAAUGCCGGGCAUGGAAGAAGUUGGAGGAGAUGAUCAUCAACUUUGUCUUGUUCAUCCGGACCCUGUGGUCUUGGAGCUCAAUAGAUUGCAAAACCAACUCAGAGAAAAGGAUCGAGAGCUGGGGGAAGCUCAAAGUGAAAUCAAGGCACUGAGAGCAACAGAAGUAUUGAAGGAUAAAGCCAUAGAGGAGCUUGAAAGUGAGGUGAACAGAUUGAAGAACAAGCUUACGGCAACUGAAAGCCUUCUUGAGCAAAAGAACCUUGACAUCAAGAAACUCAAUUAUGAGAAGAAAGAAGCAUUGGCUGCUCAAUAUGCUGCUGAAGCAACACUUAGAAGAGUCUAUGCAGAUCAAAAGGAUGAUGAUUUUGUUCCUAUGGAGUCCAUCAUUGCUCCUCUUGAAGCAGAUAUUAAGAUGUAUAAAAAUGAGAUUGCAGCACUGCAGGAGGAUAAGAGGGCUAUAGAAAGACUGAACAAGUCAAAAGAAGCAGCUUUGCUUGAGGCGGAGAGGAUACUGAAGAGUGCUUUAGAAAGGGCACUCAUUGUAGAAGAGGUUCAAAAUCAGAACUUUGAGCUCAGGAGACAGAUAGAGAUCUGCCAGGAAGAAAACAAAAUACUAGACAAAACAAACCGUCAAAAAGUUUCAGAAGUUGAAAAGCUCAGCCAAACCAUUAAGGAGCUUGAGGAGGCAAUUCUUGCCGCUGGAGAAGCUGCCAACACAAUUCGAGACUACCGACGGCAAAUUUCUGAAUUACAAGAGGAGAAGAGGACACUGGAAAGGGAACUAGCAAGAAUCAAGGUUUCAGCAAACCGAGUAGCAAGUGUGGUGGCUAAUGAGUGGAAGGACGAGAAUGACAAAGUUAUGCCUGUCAAGCAAUGGCUAGAAGAGAGAAGAUUGCUGCAGGCAGAGAUGCAACGUCUGAGAGACAAGUUGGCUAUAUCAGAGAAAACAGCCAAGGCAGAAGCUCAAUUGAAGGAUAAACUGAAGCUCAGGUUAAAGACAUUGGAAGAUGGCUUGAAGUAUGCAUCCAGUAUCCCCAUCGAUCCAAACACAUAUAGCGGAUCCUUAAAAUCUGAAAAAACCAAUAACUUCUUUGGGAUCCUUUCAAGUAAUGCUGGAUUGAAGAAGAGAUCCAAAUCACAACCAAGAGCUACCACAGUUAGAAGUCCUGACAUGUCAUCUGUGGAGAAGAUGAAAACUGAUUUUGCAGAAAAAGUGAAGUCCAGUGGUAUAAAAAAGAUAUAUGCUUCAGAAAAUCCACUAAUAAAAGGUUUGUGGGCUACUAGAAAGAAAGUCAUGGACAGCAGUGAAAAGGAGAACAAGGAUGGAAAAGAAAAUUCUGCAAUGGAUGUUGUUAUGUGUGACAACACUGAAAUCCCAGGAUCAGGGAACAUAAAAAGCAAAUUUGGUGACAAUCAGGAAGCAAAAGGUACGGCUAGGGCCAACACUGAAAAUACUGAUACUGUUUCAGGGUUUCUAUAUGACCGGCUUCAGAAAGAGGUCCUAAUUUUGAGGAAGUUUUGUGAGGCAAAAGACAGUAAUCUGAAUACUAAAGAUGAGGAUAUCAAGAUGCUUAAUAAAAAGAUUGAGACUUUGGCAAAAGCCCUAGAAAUGGAGUAUAAGAGAACAAAGAGAGAAGCAACGAGGAAAGAUAAGAGUUCAAUUUCUACCAAGGUGGAUGACAAGAUUAGAAAUAUGAACUCAUCUAGGAGGGCCACAAAAGCAUCUUGAAAAAGUUUCAAUUCUGAAGAAAUGGAGGUAUGAGGAGUAGGUGCACCAGACAAUUGUGAUAUGUAUGGACAUGUACAUGAAGAGCAUCUCAGUGGUUGCUAAUUAGCUUUUGUUUCGUCCAUGUUUACACCUUGUUUCCUUAUUUUUAUUUCCUACAGUGUUAGUAACUGAAACAAUACUAGUAAUCCGCUUGUAUCAUGCUUGUAUUCCAGGCAUCCCGUUUAAGACCUAAUAUGGCUUGUUUUAUCAUGAUAUGAAAGUGUUUUUACAUA